UUGGCUAGGUGAAAUUUUGACGCUACCAAAUCAAUGUUUACUUCCCACCUUGGUUUUGUUUUGUCUUGUUCCUUGGCUAGACGACAGCAGCACGACAAAAACAUUUCUGUGGAGUUCUGAUGAUUUAGGAUGCUAUAUUUGUAAAGAUAGGAGUUUUUAUUCGUCUUCUUCAAAUUCAAUUGAUGCAUAAUUAAAAGUAUUCAAUGCCUUAAUGAUUUGUAUUAUUACAUACUUUAACAUUUUCUCUCUCAGUCUAAAGCCAACUAACCACAAAAAUCAUAAACGUUUUUAUUGUUUGAAUGAUUUCGGUUUCUUCCUUUAAUCAAGACCAUAUGAAGGGAAGAAAAUUCAUAGUUAGCCAUUAAUGCAGUGUUUUCCUUGAGAAGACCCUACCCUUUUUUCUUUUUUCUCUCUGAAAUCUUCCUUUAAAGCCACCCUUUUUCUGCACAAUCUUGGAAACACAGCCAAUUAAUCAAUGUGAAUGUUUCUUCUUUCAUUCUUUUAUUUCGUCUGAUAAGGAUGACAAAGAACGCAACUUCACAAGACUUGAACAAAACAACCCACUUGGAUUUCUCCAAGAAAUCCAAGAACUUUUACCCUCUUGAGCCUUUCCUGGGUGUUCUUGGCUUCAUUUUGGUCACUUGCCUCUUCGUUGGGGUCUUCUUUUACUUGGAUUACCGAGCUGUGCUCCACCCUGGCUUCCCUUUGUUUGGACUUAGUGGCACUCUAUCAUCACCAUCAGAAGAUAAACAAGUAAAAGCGGCAAUGGCUAUGGCACCAGCAACAACAAUGAAUGUGAAUGGACGGCUGGGAUUUCUAGAUGAAGGUGGAGAUACAUGUGAUAUAUAUGAUGGGAAAUGGGUUUGGGAUGAUUACCAUCCACUUUAUCAAAGCCAAGAUUGCCCUUUUGUAGAUAGUGGUUUCCGGUGUCUAGAGAAUGGCAGGCCCGAUAGUUACUACACCAAGUGGCGUUGGCAACCUAACGGAUGUGAUUUGCCAAGAUUUAAUGCAACAAUGAUGCUGGAAAAGCUGCGGAACCGGCGCCUUGCAUUUAUUGGUGACUCCAUUGGAAGGAACCAAUGGGAAUCUAUGCUCUGCAUGCUUGCUACUGCUAUUCCCAACAAGGAUUCAAUUUAUGAGGUGAAUGGGAACCCAAUUACCAAGCACAAAGGGUUCUUGGUUUUCAGGUUUGCAGAUUAUAACUGCACAGUUGAAUACUACAGAUCUCCAUAUCUAAUGGUGCAGGGAAGUCCUCCAAAGGGAUCUCCAAAAGGUGUUCGUAUGACUGUAAGAGUGGAUCAUGUGACCUGGAGUCAUCUGAUGUGGAAAGAUGCAGAUGUGCUAUUUUUUAACAGUGGCCAUUGGUGGACUGAAGAGAAGACAAUAAAAAUUGGUUGUUUUUUCCAAGAAGGAACAGAGGUGAAGAUGGGAAUGGACCUUAGAACUGCAUACCAAAAAUCCAUUGAAACACUAGUUGAUUUUAUUACCAGCCAAGUAGAUACAAACAAGACACAAGUUGUUUUUCGCACCAAUGCUCCUGUACAUUUCAGAGGCGGUACCUGGAAAACUGGAGGACACUGUAAUCAAUUAAAGCUACCUGAUUUUGGUCCAUUGCCUAAUAAUACGGAAAAGCUUGUUGAUAUAAUCUCUGGUGUAUUAUCAAAACACCCACAAGGAUUCCAAGUGAUAGAGAUGAUGAAUGCGACUCCCAUGACAUAUCUAAGACAAGAUGGACAUACAUCUUUGUAUCAUUUUGGCCCAGAAAAAGGGCCGGCUCCUUUCAACCGUCAAGAUUGUAGCCAUUGGUGUUUGCCUGGUGUGCCUGAUUCAUGGAAUGAGCUUCUGUAUGCUCUUUUUCUUCAGUGGGAAUCCUUGCGUUCACCUAGUUCAACACAAAAUUCUCAAGCUCCAUUGUGAUGGUAUAUAAAGUUUCCAUAUUUAUUGCCUAUUGGCAACAAAAGUUUAAUGUAUAGGAAAAAGGUUUUGUAUUCGUGACAAAUGUGGAGUUGACACUAGAAAAUCUUGUUCUCUUGAUCAAUGAAAUUAUAGCAAAUUCUUUACCCCACCAGCACUCUUGGUUUUGUCCAUGUUUAGAAUGAACUAAUGGUCGAUUUUAAUAAUCGGAAAAAUUUUGCAUUAAUCAAAGGUUAAUAAUUUUAAAAUGAGAAAUCUCAAUCUUUGGAAACAAAAUCUAAAGGGGUUUAGGAUUGGGAAAGAAAUUGUCAACAGCCUAAACAGAUAUAUGAAAGGAAUGUUCAUAAAGGGGUCUUGCGUUAUUAAGUAAUAGAUUUUUUUUAUAAAGAAAAAAAAAUCACCGCACUGGUAAUUAACUAGUGCAUUGAAUCAAGGCCUCUACAUCUUUCUCCUAGAUUUUUCUUUCCUCGAUAAAUCGCAAGUAUAACUUGAAAUUCUCCUGCCCUUGAAUGCCAUAGCACUAUUAUGUCGGGGGACUUCACCUUUUUCCCACGUUUUCUAGCCACGACCGCACCACUGACAGCAAGAGGUCCAAACAUUGCCGCAUUUACAAUCCUGAAAUAGGCUGCUGUAAGUUGUUGGGCUAAAAGCUUCCAAUCCAAUUACAUCAGCGGAAGCGAAAUCAAAUAAU